AUGACCAACUGCAUUCUUUCCAUCUUUGGAAUCUUUGGAAACACGCUGACCAUUAUGGUGUUUGUCCGUGACAAAAAGCUGUUGAAAAAGUCCCACAAUGUUUUCAUUCUUUCCCUUGCCAUAGCAGAUGUGCUGACCUCCAUCCUCGUGCUCACAAGCCGGGGCUUUGGCCUCGGUGACCUUUAUCCUCGUCCAACCAAUACAGUUCUAGGUGAGAUCUUCUGUCGUUUUUUCUGGAGCCGCGUUUUUAUCUUUCAGCUCGUGUUUUUCUCCGUUUACAUCACAUUGUUGUUAGCAAUAGAGCGGUGGGUUGCUGUUGUAAAGCCGUCUAAAUAUCAAAUGGCCUUCAAGGGAAAGAGACUUACUGGAUACAUCGUGUUCUGUUGGAUCUGGUCAUUUAUUCUCAACUGGACGGGGAUAGCUGAUGCCAACUUUGAACCAAAUAAUUCACCCUCCAAUGACGUCUGCGUAUUCAGAUUCGUUUUGUCAGGCUCUUUCUCCCGCAAAUUCCAACUUGUAUUCAAUAUCUUCUUCAAGAUGUUCCUUCCUUGCCUUUCCAUGAUUGGACUGUACGUACACAUGAUCGUGACGACGAAUAACUCCCCAGUUGCGUCUGCGGAGAGCAAGGCCAAACUACGAGGAAAGAUGACAAAAAUGGUCGGUAUUAUGGCCUGUAAUUUACUCAUAACUUUCUCCCCAAACCAAUUUUUUUAUACCCUUGCGGUUGUGGGAAAAGCACAACUAGAUACUCCACUCCACCAUUUCACAGCUUUUCUCCUCUUCACCACCAUCUACGUUAAUCCACUUAUUUAUGGAAUAAGCAACGCCAAUUAUCGCCAGCGCUACAAGAAGCUUUUGUUUCCCACAUGUUUCAAACGGUUCUCGGAGGACGCCAAUAUCCCUCUGAGGUUUGUGAGAGUUGGACCUGCAAGAUCAGAACCACCUGCCACGAAUGUAGAGAAUAUUACUGACAGUCAAACUUAAUUGCUCCAUGGUUAUUUAAAAGAAUGUGUAUAUUCCCAGCCAGUGAAUGGUUCAUCCUCGGAGACCCAGGGGAAACGAAAGUUCUCAAGCACGGGCGGAAGAGCCCCUGGGUACCGACUCUCACAGGACCAUUUCCAAACGGUCAAGCGAAUGCUGGCUUCUGAUUGGGCACAAAAAAUGCUUUGUAUUAUUGUGCCCAAAACAGUUUCUCCUAAGUUCUUUUUGCGAGUUCGUACAAGACGGCUAUUGACUCGAUCACAGCUUGUCUGGCUCAUGCACCGAAGAUAUGCACGCAGUCAGGACACUUUCAGUUUGAUAUAAACUCUCCAUUUCAAAUACUGUCUAUGUGAAAACUAAAGACGCUUUUCCGAAAUUACAAGCUUGAGCUUACAACAGGUAUUCACGCUUGCAUCGAUCACGUCUUCGUAAAUAUUAGGGAGUUCAAGAAACCACGACAACUGAAAGCCACGAAAACGUCGCAUGAAAAGUGAAUUCACAUUUUUUAAGUCUCUAUCGUGAUUAUUCCAACUCGCUCACUUUGUUAAAUAAAAGCGAACUCUUCUGGAGCUGAAUUUCUAAAGAGAAAGAAAAUAGAUGGUUUUCACGUUAUGUCGUCGCUGCCAUGCUGGUGAACGGUAAACAAAAGAUCGCUCAUUAGCUCGCUUUGUUUGUCCACCAGCGUUUGUUCAUUUCACCAUUGUUAUUUGUGUCUUCCGAAAUUGCAUGAAAACCACCUAUUUUGUCACUCAUUGCUUGUUUACGUCCUUCACAAAACGUAAAACUAGGCAUUUUCCCGUGGUAGUCCUCCAGUGACGGCAAAGAAAUGUACAACAAAGCGUGAUGCACGUGCAAAGUUGUCGUUUUGCCUUGUCAAUCAAACUAUUGCUUUUUUUGACUUCUUGUCCGGCGCCGCCGCAUCUUAAACUUCCUGUUAUUUGCGAUACAUUGUGAUCCGUCAGAAAAAGAAUUUUCUUAGUGCAAAUUAAAUUGCUCCUGCUGAUAGCAUCCGAAACGUUUUUCGACUCAUCGGUAGUUCCUUUGUCUGGUUAGGAAAGCUUGGUGAACGAACCGGGCAACUGUGGCGAGAUAAUGGCGGUCGUGUACGAACUCACGAAAAUAACCCAGGAGAAACUGUUCGCCGAUUGGGCAAAAUAAUACAAAGCAUUUUUUGUGCCCAAUCAGGAGCCAGCAUUCGCUCGACCGUUUGGAAAUGGUCCUGUGAGAGUCGGUACCCAGGGGCUCUUCCGCCCGUGCUUGAAAAAACUUUCGUCACGCCUUUUCUCCCGGCCCGACUGACUGCCUUUGGGUCUCCGAGGAUGGUGAAUGGUUAAGUAAAGCCAAAGUAGAAUAUAUAUUGGAAUAUAUUGAAGACUCAAACGUUAAGAUCAGUUGUAAAUAGCAUUUAAGGCAGUCAUUUAAACAUUGUCAGAAUACUGUAAAUAACAAGUAAAGAAGAGAGAGACUUUGUUGACCAUGUAAAUACUAAGGAAAUCGAAAUCGGGCAACUAAUUUUACCUUGUAAUACAAUUUUAAAUUGAAUAGGGGAGAUUGGUUUGACCCUGGAGGAGAAUGAGAAAAUCUAUUUGCCCCUGUAUAAACCCUUUAAAUUGAAAUAGGGGACUAAUUUGACUCUGACUAUAAAUUUCCUGUAAAUCGAACAAAGGACACCGUGAAACCAUGUAAAUAUCACCGCCGUGUACAUCGAUAAUGGAAAUGGAUAAACAAAGCUAAGUGAUUUAUUUUAACAGUAUGUCGUCACUUGUUGCUUGUGAAAGUUGUGACGUAGUAUAUAGAGUAUUCUCAUGAUUAUAAAUUACGGACUUCAAAAUCACUUGCUUUAUAGAAUAAAUACUACUACUGUAGAGAAUCAAUACUGACAUUGUAAUCUUCAUCUACCUUCUAGUCUACAGGUAAUAAACUGUAAUGUAAGGAAUAUGCAAAUAAGUUCUAUGAACUUGUUAAUUUCUUUUCCUUGAGGAUACAAACUGUUGUCAAAAGACAUCUGGCAUCCACAAGGGGGACAUAGGAGUCAUGAUGAAUAUCAAUUGUCUCACUAGAAGGUUCAUAUAAUAGGAUAUAACAUUAUGCCCUAUUGUCUUCUACCAUUUAUCCGUGGAAAGAAAUUUAUCCGUUAGAUAGCACUACCCGACGCUUGAACAACCGGGAUUAAAUGGGUAUGGGUUGUGGCGGACACCAUUGUUACCUCUAAAAUCUUGUCACUCUGCCCAGAAAGACUAAGCGAUGUCUCCAUUGUACUUCUCAUAAUUGUCCUACCUCACUUGCUUUGAUAAACCCCUUAAUCCGGGUGUCGAAAGUGGGUCCAGUCCUUUUCCUUCGAUCACAUGUGUGACUACAUCGAUGACGGGUGGUUUGGGAUUGCAAAAACAACAACAAGUAGGUUGAGUAUGAUCGUCAGGGUGAACGAAGUCCUGAACAGGACUGUUGUUAUUGACAGUGACUGACGUUUCGACAACCUGUGCGGUAGUUAUCUUCAGAGUCAAAGUGAGUUGUAUUACGUCAGCUGAUGGUAUUAAACUCUGGUUAUUGACCUGAUUGGUCAAUUAAGUCGCGAAGUUAUUGUUCGUCUGUCGGUAAUAAUAAUAAUUAUAAUGAUAAUGAUGAUGAUGAUAAUGAUAAUAAUAAUAAUAAUAAUAAUAAUAAUAAUAAUAAUAAUAAUAAUAAUAAUAAUAAUAAUAACAUAAUGAUUUCGUCACUUUACCACAACAUAUCCUCUCUCAAUCAAGCACGCACAUCAAAAAUGCAGUUCUCCAGUGCAGUGAUGGUUUCGAGUUCGCUCAAGCUAUCAGAUGGUCUGAAUGACAUACAAAACUGCGUGUCAUCGGCAUAAGCAUGCGCAGAAAGGAACUUAGGAUCUCAAACAGCUUGCUAGUAUAGGUCUUAAAUAACAGCGGGUCUAAGCAUGAACUCUUUUGGACAACGCAUUCUAAAACAAAUGAAACCAGGAAAGCGCAUUAUCACGUAAGCCCAACAUCGACUGCAACCUUCGCAGCAGGAUGCCUUGAUCGACGUUAUCGAAGGCGGCGCUCAGAUCCAAUAAUAUAAGAAGUGUCAGGUGACCCUUAUUCAUGUUCAUGAGUAAAUCGUUCUUCACCUUAAUCAAAACAGUUUCAGUGCUAUGAUUUUGGCGGUAAGCACUUUGCAAACAGGGUAACAAGUCAUUAUCCACCAUCUGACAUUGGAUCUGGGUAGCCACUGCCGUUUCCGUAAGUUCGAAAGUUCUUAUUGAUGAUUUGGAGACCGUGUUUCUUGAGUAGAGGGUGUACUAAAGCACACUUACGAUGUUGUACGUUUAAACACUUAUGGGUACGUCUUGAUUUUAUUACCUGCAAUCGGUACAUUAGUUAACAGUAAUUGUCGGGGUGAAGGAUACUGUAAUAACUAACUGUCAUAAAUUAACAAAAGAUUUAAAAGAAAUUAAAAUUUUUUUACGGUUAAACACUUGUGGGUACGUCUUGAGUUUAUUACACUGUACAUUAGUUAAAAGUAAUUGUCGGGGUGUGAAGGAUACUGUGAUGACUUAAAGCAAUAAAUUGACAAAAGAUUGAAAAGAAAUUACAAAUUGAAAAUUGAAAUUGAAAUUGAAAUUAAAGAUUGAAAAGAAAUAAAAAAUUUUGUGGGUAUGUCUUGAGUUUGUUAAAUACACUGUACAAUAAUUAACAGUAAUUGUAGGGGUGUGAAGGAUGCUGUGAUGACUAAAUGUCAUAAAUUAACAAAAGAUUGAAAAGACACUUGACAUUUUGUACGUUUAAACACUUGUGGGUACGUCUUAAGUUUAUUAACUACGUUGUACAUUAGUUGACAUCAAUUGCUGCAGUUGAAAGGAUACUUCAAUCACCAAAUGGCACAAUACAAAAGAUUUGAAAAGACGCUAAACAUUUUGCACGUUUAAACGCUUGUAAGUACGUCCUGAGUUUAUUAGGUACAUUGUACAUUAGUUAAUAACAAUUGCCAGGUGAUGAAAGAUACUGCAAUCACCAAAUGACACAGUCCCAGAAAUUGAAAAGACACUAACAGGUAAUGUAAAUUAAAACACUUGAACAUGUCUGAAAUUUAUUAAGUACAGAACAUUGCUUAACAUUAAUUGCCAGGGUGGGAAGGUUGCUCCAAUCACAAAAUGACACAAAAUAAAAGAUAGAAAAGACAAUAACAAUUAUGAAAACAAAAAAACAAAGCCACAAAGUUUUCUUUACGCUUAAAAGAAAGGGCCGGUGGAGGGUAGGAGACAUUUAGUAUUAAGGUCUUGGAAGUGAGGAAGUCAUUCGUGCGCUUUGAUUUUAAGGUAAGAAUUCAACUAAUGGUUUGUUUUUUGUUUUUUUUUUACUGUUUGCUUUGUUUUAGGUCGUUUUUUUCUUUAUCUUUAAACGAUUUUUUCUGAAUCGCCCACACAUCAAAUGAGAUCGAUUAAAAGAGCAUCAACUAGAGGCGUAUUUUCUCGAUUGGCUUCAAAUUUAACGGGAGGUUCUUUAAACAGUAAAAAUAGGAAAUACCAGGUUUUUUUAAAAAAACAAGUUAAAAAGUAUUUUCCUUAUGGCUUGUGUAAAACCAGAAGUAGUGCAGGGCAUUGUGUCGCACUACCCUAAUUCUGUUGUACGUUAUUUUACAAAACUUCAAUGAUUUUACAGGGCUUUUAUGUUAUCGCUUGUCCAGUUUAAAUAUGAGACAAGCUCAUCAUAUGUGGCUCAUCGUAUUUUUGACCAAAAACCGAAAUAUCCCUUCUGAUUCUGCUCACAUAGGGCCGGGUCUAAAGAUUUAGUGCGUCUGAAGAUACUUCAGAUAAACAACAAUAGGAAUCAAUUCUUUUAAAAGGUCUUUCUAACGACGAGCUAUUUGAGAAAAAACUUUGAAAGGAUUUUAAAGUGGUUGAGAAAUUACGGUUCACGAAAGAAGCCUUCAACGGGAAAAGUUUCUAAUAAUAUUAAUAACAUUUUGUAAUGAUAAUAAUAUCAAAGAUAUGAUAUUAAUUUUAUUUGAACACUUUUUCAUAACUUUAAAAGUUUCGUGUCCUAGUUCAACUUUGAAAGGGAAAGUGUAAACUCUAACACGAAAAAUUAUAUUUUUUUUCUAUUUUCUUACAAACAAACUCAUUAUCACAGAAAGGUUUAGUAUUUGGCCUACUUUUUUUGCAUCCGGAACCGGUGCCCGCCUUUGUAACACCAAACAAGUGGCUACAUCUUUAGUUAUCACGUACUGCACUUUACUUAAAAUUAAUUUAAUGCAGAGGAAGGGCCACUCACCAAAUGACAAAGUAUACAAACUGAGAGGACACUAAACUACAAGGGGGGAAACAGCAGCAAAGUGAUCCUAAUGAAAAAAACAAAAAAAGAAAAGAUGAAAAAAGUGCCAAAGGAAAAGAAAAAUAAAUAAAGACUUUUGGUGUUUUAAUCAUCUUCCUUUUGCACAUGAGCAAGGGUCAACUAUUGCUUAUUAAGUACGGAUCAAUACUAUCUUUAAAUUAUGAUUGGCAUAACAAAAGCAGUUACUAGUAAAAUGAUAUAAAAAGUAAGGGAUCAUCAUAGGUUUCGGGGAAACUGCCCGCCUACCCCUCCCUUAAGCUAACAUUUCCCCCUAAUUUAAAUAUACAAUGAUCCAAACUAAGCAGGUGGAUUCUGAUCGACCAAGUGAGUGUAAUCCUGAGUAUGACUGUUGUUGACAAGUACAGUGAGUGAUGAGACUGACGUUAGUUGAAAGAGAUCCAGGCCCAAUCUGAUAUUCGCUUCCUGCUCUCUACGCACAAGUACAAUUACUUCGAUUCAAUGUCUGUUGACUGGUUAAAGAUAAGCAAAUGUGUCCACUUUUUAAAAUUUGCUUAGUUGCGCCAUUUUUAAGCAGAGGUGCAGUAAUACAUAACCAAAAAUGAACGCUAAGAAAAACGAACGACGUUUCGGAGCCAUUAUGUCCCCAUUAUCGCAACGACGUUACACACGGACAACAGGAACCAGGAACAUUAACACUAUUUUUCUACAAGAAGAAAGUCCUAUGUGUACAUCCUCAGCUCUGACACUCAAGCUACGACUUGACAACUGCGAGGUCCCUAAAACCAACUUACACAUGCGCAGUACAAUAGACCUAAUUAAAUUAUUCUCUCAUCACAGCCAUUAUCAAGUUCAAAAUGAUUUUUGCUUCUGAAAACGGCGAGUAUUGUUUCUGUCAGUUUACUUUAGCAGUACUUCACAUACGAUAAAAUGAUCUUGCAGAAAAACUAGAAAGGUGGUACAGUAUUCUUAUAAGGGUUUCUGGGUCAUAAGAUUACAAAACAGACUUCUUGAUGGAAUGUAAUACAGGAAAUCAACGACGUAAUAGACAUCACAUUAUUUUUACAAAUUUCACAAUUAAAUAUUAUAAACUGAAUUCGAGACAUUAGACAUAUCACAAUCCAUUUUUUUGAAACAAGAAUAUGAAUUAAUUUACGGCGUGUUUUAUAUGUUAGUAUCGUCAUGUUGUUAACCGAAAACAGGGCAUAUGUUUUUUUUCGACGCCUCAACUGAAUUUCCCGCAAAAGUCGUCUAAGCAACGAGCACAGAAAUUCCAUACUGAUGACGUAACACUGUCCAGAUCUAAUAUGGACUUCUAAUUGGUCGUGCCGCAAUGACGUCCGUAUGGAAUUUCUGCGCUCUUUCCAUAAGGUGAUGUUACACGGGACGAUUCGCAACGACGAUUUUUAACGCAACACAGCGUCACAACAUUCGAACAAUGUUAAUACUAUUCGAAACAAUGUCACAGCAAUGUUGCAACGCCUUGUUGAGCUGAAAAUCGUCAUUACGUCAUUUCCAGGGCAUACCAUUGAUGGAGACACGAAACGUUGGCUUUUUUUCAGGCUAACUUAUCCUAACAUCAAUACAGAGAGUUACAGUAACAUUUCUUUUAUCGUCUGUUCACCAGACACAAUGACGUCACCUACACUUCACUGAUCAAAGUAGACAAUGGAAGGCGGACUUACCACAUCUCAGAUUACCAACUGCACUCUUUCCAUCUUUGGAAUCUUUGGCAACACGCUGACCAUUCUAGUGUUUGCCCGUGAGAAAAAGCUGUUGAGAAAGUCCCACAACGUUUUCAUCCUUUGCCUUGCCAUAGCAGAUGUGCUGACCUCCAUUCUCCUGCUCUCAAGCCCGGUCAUGGGGCUUGGUGACUUUAUUCCUCGUCCAACCAAUAGAGUUCUGGGUGAGAUCUUCUGUCGAGUUUUCUGGAGCCGAGUUUUUAUCUUUCAACUCGUGUUUUUUUCCGUAUAUAUCACAUUGUUGUUAACAAUAGAGCGGUGGGUUGCGGUCUUAAAGCCUUCUAAAUAUCACAUGGCCUUCAAGGGAAAGAGACUUGCUGGAUACAUCGUGAUCUGUUGGAUCUGGUCAUUCAUUCUCAAUGGGACGGGAUUACUUGAUGCGAACUAUGAACCAAAUUCUUCCUCCAGUGACAUCUGCGUAUUCAGAUUCAUUUCGUCAGGCUCUUUCUUCCGCACAUCCAAAUCUGUAUUCAUUAUGUUCUUCAAGAUGUUCUUUCCGUCUCUUUCUAUGAUUGGACUCUACGUACAUAUGAUCGUGGCCACGAAUAACUCCCCAGUUGCGUCAGCGGCGAGCAAGGCCAAACUACGAGGAAAGAUGACAAGAAUGGUCGGUAUUAUGACCUUUAUUUUACUCGUAUGUUUCUCUCCAAACCAAUUUUUUUAUACCUUUGUGGUUGCGGGGAAAGAACAGGUAGAUUCUCUACUCCACCAUUUAACAGCAUUUCUCCUCUUCACCACCAUCUGCGUUAAUCCAUUCAUUUAUGGAAUCAGCAACUCGAAUUAUCGCCAGCGCUACAAGAAGCUUUUGUUUUCCGUAUGUUUCAAACGGUUCUCGGAGGAUGUCAAUGCUGCUCUGACCCCUGCGAGAGUUGAACCUGCCAGAUCAGAACCACCUGCCAUAAACGUAGAGAGUAUUACUGACAGUUAAACUUAAUUGCUGGUUAUUUAAAAGAAUUUGUAUAUUCCAAGCCAGUGAAUGUUUAAGGGACGCAAAAGUAGAAUAUAUAACCCAAUAUAUGAAGACUAAGAGGUCAAGAUCAUAUGUAAAUAGCAUUUAAGGCACUCAAUUAAACAUUACCAGAAUAAUGCAAAUAACAAGUGAAUCACAGAAGAGAGAGACUUUCUUGACCGUGUAAAUACUAAGCAAAUCGAAAUCGGGCAACUAAUUUGACCCGGUAAUAAAAUUUUAAAUUGAAUAGGGGAAGAUUGGUUUUACCCUGUAGGAGAAGGAGAAAAUCUAUUUGCCCCUUUAAACCCUUUAAAUUGAAAUAGGGGACUGUUUUGACUCUAUAAAUACCCUGUAAAUCGAACAAAGGAGAUUGUGAACACUGUAAAUAUCACCGCCGUGUACAGCGAUAAUGUAAAUGGAUAAAGAAAGCUAACUGAUUUAUGUAAACAGUAUGUCGUCACUUGUUGCUGGUGAAAGUUGUGACGUAGUAUAUAGAGUAUUCUCGUUAUUACAAUCACAGACUUGAAAAUCACUUGCUUUAUCGAAUAAUACUAAUACUGUAGAGAAUCAAUAUUGGCAUUGUAAUCUUCAUCACAUUCUAGUCUACAGAUAAUAAACCUUAAUGUAAGGAAUAUGUGAAUACGUCAAUGAACUUGUGGUUUUCUUUUCCUUGAGGAUACAAACUGUGUCAAAAAACAACUGGCCACAAGGGGGACAUAGGAGUCUUGGUGAGAAUCAAUUGUCUCACUAGUAGGUUCAUAUAACAGGAUAUAACAUAAUGUUAUUGUUUUCUAGUAGUUAUCCGUCGGAAGCAAUUUAUCCGUUAGAUAGCACUACCCAACGCUCGAACAACCAGGGCAUGGGUGGUGGCGGACACCACUGUUUAAUAACUACCUCUAAAAUCUUGUCACCCUACCGAGAAAGAUUAAGCGAUGUCUCCCUGGUAUUUCUCAUAAUUGUGACGUCAGUUGCUUUGAUAAACAAAUUAUUCCGGGUGUNGGACACCACUGUUUAAUAACUACCUCUAAAAUCUUGUCACCCUACCGAGAAAGAUUAAGCGAUGUCUCCCUGGUAUUUCUCAUAAUUGUGACGUCAGUUGCUUUGAUAAACAAAUUAUUCCGGGUGUAGAAAGUAGGUCCAGUUCUUUUCCUCCGACCGUAUGUGUGACCUGGCUCCAGUUGUUCAAAAGCUGGAUAGCGCUAUCCACCGGAUAAAUCUCUAUCCACUGGAUAGCGCAAUUGGCUCCCCCAAUAUUUAUCCACUGGUUAGUGAUUUAUCUGGUGGAUAGCGCUAUCCAGGUUUUGAACAACUGGGGCGAGAUCGAUGACGGGUGGUAACGACGAACAGCGAACAGACCAGACAUCAUCGUUAAAGAUUCAGUGAAUUCAACCUGCAAACUGAUUGAUAUGACUGUUCCAUCAGAUAGAAACAUUGCACUGAAGGAAAUCGAAAAGAAAAGCAAGUACAAAGACCUAGAACUAGAAAUACAGAGAAUGUGGCAAAUGACAACCGUAGUGAUCCCUGUGUGGUUUUAGGUGCGCUUGGUACAGUAAAGAAGGGGAUGAUAGAAAACAUCAAGAAAGUAUCAGAGAGAGCUACUGCGACAGAGAUUUAAAAGAUCGAUCUGCAUGCUGGGAUCUGCGUGAAUCCUCAGAGAGGUCCUUAGUGUUUGAACAGAAUGAUUGACUUGAGUGACUGAUGCUCCAGGUGCACGAUUUGCGCCCGGCUUAUGCACAGAAAGAACACCAGCAAAGACUGCGAUAGAAGAGAUGAUACUACUACUAAUAAUGAUGAUGAUGAUGAUGAUGAUGAUAAUAAUAAUAAUAAUAAGGUUUUACAGAGUAUAAGAAUUUAAUAAUAUUCUAAAUUGGCUUUAAUAAUAAUAAUAAUAACAACAACAACAACAACAACAUUAAUAAUAAUGAUUUCAUCAUUUAACCAUAACAUAUCCUUUCUCAUCCAAGCACGCACAUCAAGAAUGUAGUUCUUCAGCGCUGUCAUAGCUUCGAGUCCGCUCAAGGUAUCAGGUGGUCUGUGACAUAUAAAAGUGCGUGUCAUCGGAAUAAGCACGCGCAGAAACGAACGUAGGAUCUCAAACAGCUUAUAAGGUGAUAUUCGGUAAAGAAUUAUCAAAAAGUGUCUAAUUUUUUCAAAAAACACAAAUAUUUCGGGUUUGUGACUCUUCUUCAGUGUGAGAAAAAACCGUUGUACAGUACUACGCAAUAUCAUAGACACAGAAGUGAUCGAAGCACGCGCAUGAUGCAUAUAAUGUCCCAAUUCAAAUAAAACUGAAAUUGAUAUUCAGUCCUUUCGGCUGAACGGUGCCUAGUUGGAAAAUUAACCGCAUCUCACGUUGCUUUCGUUAAAUGAUAUUACCAAUGCAAAACGCUAUACAACGCACCUGGACAUCAGAAAUACUGUGGCCAGUGGAGUUGAAAUGCUGAGCCACAGGAAACCUAGGAGCGUAUACUUCGCAGACGUUCGCUGAAACAACUCAUGGGGUUUCUUCCGGUCUCACCAAUGUAAAGAAGUGGGCAUCGGCGGCAGGAUAUACAAAAGAAAAGAUUCUCGGACUGACAAGUGAAAUGGUCAUAGAUGGUAAAGGCAGAGUUUGGGGCCUCGUAUCACAGCGACCGAACUUAUGUGACAGCAGGUGUUGCAUCGAGGACGCUGACACGCGCGUGAACCAGGCAGCUCAAAAGAAGUGUGAUCCGUGGAAUGGACCAACAUGUUUCGUAAACUGACGUCGCGCUUGUAAACCACAAAAGGUGGUUGUGGAAAGACACACCGAGUUUACUCAUCCAUUGAUAGAAUGCGAAAGUUCUGUAGUAGGAACUGUUUGAUUUUGGUGUUAAACGGGUGGUAUGUGAGAACCAGAGGCACCCUAUCAACGGUGAUCACUCUGUUCGGACGGGCGCAGCGCGUCAUGACGGCUAAUAGUUGCUACUCUCUGUAGAUCAUUUUCAAGUGAGGAAAGAGGAUAACCACGGUCAGUAAAGAAAGAAAACACCUCCUUUGAUCGCAGAAGGAAGUCACCAUCGCUAGAGCAAAUGCGACGCAGGCGGAGAAACUGACGGUAAGGGAUAGAACGUUUGCAGUACUGAGGAUGGAGAGAAGAAAAAUGGAGGAAGUUGUGAGUGUCAGUGUCGUUGUAGUGGACAGAAAUCUGAACUCUAGUACCAGAAAUGCCUACGGUGAUGUCCAAAAAAGGGAGUUCUAUUUCAGAAACAAUGAAAGUGAAUUGAAGUGCCGAGUGGAAGUUUGCAACGAAGUUAAUAAAGGCUUCCAGUUCCUUUCUCCUGCACGAAGCAGUCUUGCUCCUACUCCUCCAACUCAUUCAAAUCGGUAUGCAGUUGGAGACAGCUAUCUUUCAAGCUGAUUGCUAAGUACGAGACAGGAUCCUUUGCGAACAAGUAAACGGUUGAUUCAACAUACUCAGAAAGGUCAUUAAAGUACAAAAGGAAAAAAAAGGAGGUCCAAUAGAAGAGCCUUGGGGGACCCUUCAUAAGACAGGCAGGCAGGAGGAUUUUUCACCAUCUACUACAACGCACUGUUGAUUGCUGAGGAGGCUAUCAAUCCAUAAAAGUGUGUUGCCAGGUAUAGCCAGCAUAGGUACUGUACUUUACCUACCCCAAUCGGAGACUCCCUUUUGUCAAGUGGAAUUAGUCUCAACUGACUAAAAGGAUCAAUUAAAUCCGUGCACAAUAGCCUGAUCACUUAUGUAACAGUAGGGCAAACGUCUGUUCCAAGAAUUUCUCCUUUUUGAGAGUACAUUACUAGUUAUAGCUAUCUUCAUACACGCGCGCUGUCCAAGUUGUUUAGAAAUGUCAUGAAUUACUGUAAUUUACAAAAAAAUGGUUUGAACUCAAUUCGAUUGCAUAAGCGAAAAUUACCUUGAAAAUAGGUCUACUGCUUAAAGAAUUUAAAAUCCCAUCUUUAAAUAGCACAAUUUUUUGAGAUAUUGAAAUUCGCGUUUUUGACAGAAGUUGCGUACAGGUCAUUUUGCAAGCGAACUUAGAAUCUUCGAAAAAUUAUAACUCCGCGAAUAUUCAACGUACAGAUUUAUAUUUGGUCUCUUGCUUGGAAAGUCUACUUUUCAGGUCUUGCUGUCUGGGGUCAGGCAUCCAAGACGUCCCUUAAUAAAAUUGUAAUUCUCCAAACGAAAGUGCUUCGCAUGAUACAUUAUAUGGAUAUACGAACACACAAUUCCUCUAUUCAUCGACGUUGAUAUAUUACCAGUGACGUCUAUGUGUUAUAAGUCUGUAGCUAGUCUAAUACACGAUAUAAACAACAACAAUUCGCCACCAAAUCUCCUAAAUUUAUUUGAAAAAACCUCAACAAUUCAUUCAUACAAUACACGAUCAUCUACUUCUGGUACCUUUCACGUUAAAAGUUCAAAGCUAGAAAUACGCAAAAGUCCUUCUCUCGUUUUGGAGUACAACUUUGGAAAGAGAAAAUGACUAUAUUCAGACACCAUUGAUAAUUUAAAAAGUUGGAUAAACAGUUAAGUAAUCUCAUAUUGUAUAAAAUUAUAUGCUUUAAAACUCUUCGUCAAUUUCUUUUUCGUUUUCCUUAGUAAUAAUAAUAAUAAUAAUAAUAACAAUAAUAAUGAUAAUAAUAAUAAUAAUAAUAAAACUAUGAUAGAAAUAAGAAUUAAAAAAACUUAAAACAUUUUCCAUGCCUUCACGUAUUGUUUUUUCUUUUAACUGGGCCGUCUAGAUUAGCAAUUGCUAUUUUACGGGCCAGUCUAUUGUAAAAACCAUUUUUAAUAAAUAGAGUUGAAGUUGAAGUCACAUGAUGAAUUGAUAUAAAUUAAUAUAGGAAUUUCGUGUGUCCUAGUUUAUCUACUAAAGGUGAAACAAGUGCAAAGAUAUCUAUCAGUCUCAUGCAAAUAAACUCACACACUUGAGUACGUCUUCCGUUAAACAAGUGCUGUACAUUGUUUAACAUAAAAUUGCAGUGGAGGAUGGUGCCUGUCGGAAAGAGAAAACACAAAAGAUUGAAAAGGCACUACAAAAAUAACUAAAAACAGCUUCAAAGUGAUCCUUACGAAAAGAGAUCACAAAAACAGAAAAGGUAAAAAUAUUUACAUAAAAGUAUCCUUUGAUCCCUGCUUUGUUGUCAGAGGAAAUUGAUCUUAUCAAUAUUGAAUUAAGUAAAUUUUUCUGUAAUGUUUAAAGUUCUUUUCACGAUGAGUGCUUUGGUUUUGUAGAUCUGUUUUUCUAUUUUUAAAUGAAAACAAUUGUGUCAACGAUGGAGAUCAAGAACACCACAUACAUUAUACGACGAUCCAUGAAUACGAAAUAACUAAAAGCAUUAUCUUGGAUUCAAAUCAAUUUUUAUAACCAUAUGCUCGAUUCAAUGCUCCUAACCUCUUUAUGUAUCACGGGAGAAUUAACUUAGUGAUUAUAUCGUUGAUUACAAUUAUAUCUUUGAGAAAAAUCAUUAUUUUCUGGUCUAAAAACGUUUCCCAAAAGGCACCACCCUCCACAGUUAUCAGAAUUAAGACCGGAACCCAACCUGGUUUCGCUUGUCACCCUCUAAGCACACUUAAUUCGAUUUAAUGUCCGUUGGCUGACUAAACAUCAGUAACUGAGCUAAUAUAAUAAGAUGAGAUAAGAUUAGAUUUAUAUCGAUAACCCUUUUUGGCCCCUGAAGACGAAUAAUAUUUUUUAGAUUUAGUUCAGCAGCGCUGUACAGAGAAUUAAUUGACCUUGCACAUACACAAAAAUAAUACCAUAGUGUAGGAUGUCAGUUAUUGACAUCUGAACAAAAUACAUUAUAUUAUAUUUUCACGAUUUUUCGAAAUUAUAAAUAGCAGAGAGGAGAGGUAUUUGAUAAUUACACAAUUCAUCUUUUUAGCAUUUACAAUAUGAAUUAUUUUACCUGUUACUUUAAAAGUUGGUUUCGUCAUGGUGUGAGACUAACAACAUAGAAACAACUAAUCAGUGACAUACUGACUUCGCCUAAAAUCACUACGAGGACUCAAAGAGUAAGAUUUCUUAUAUGAACAGUUCGCUUCGAGUUCGCUGCAUGAUACAGUGACGUCGACUACCUUCCACUGAUCAAAGGAUGCAAUGGAAGGCGGACUAACCAAAUCCCAGAUUACCAACUGUAUUCUUUCCAUCUUUGGAAUCCUUGGAAACACGUUGACCAUUCAAGUGUUUGUCUGUGACAAAAACCUACUAAAAAAGUCCUACAACGUUUUCAUUCUUUGCCUUGCCGUAUCUGAUGUGCUGACUCACAAGCCCAGGAUUUGA